UCCUCUUCUGUAGACAUCACCACCGUACUUACAAAAAUACAUAGAGAAGAAACAGUUUUUUUUUUCCUUUUUGGGCGAAGAAGUAUCUUUACCUCCCCGCCGACGUCUCUUCUUUCUUCUUGUCUUCUCUCUCUUUCAUCGCUUUCUGAUCCUUCUUUUUCCAUCAUCGUAUUGACCAACUCUGUAAACGAAUCUCAAGAAAUCUGUAGAUUUAGCCAUAAAAAAAAAAAAAAGUAACUAACAAUUCGUAUUAGAUCGGGGGGCUAUUUCUCCAUCUCAAAUCUGAUUAAACACGAUCACCGAUUGAAUUUGUUAUUAAUAAUAAUAAUAAAAAAACGAAUUUGGGGGUUUUAAGAAAUAUGAAGAGAUCGAAGAAACCAAGGGUUUCAUGGCCACCAGGUCCUAAGCUUUGUCAGGUUAAGAUGUUUCGAACUGAGCAAUGUCCGGCCAAAGUUGCUUCUCAGCCUCUACGUCAUCUUAAGCUAUCAUCAUCUCGAGGACCACCAGACCUUCCACCUGGUUUUGAAGGAAACCACUAUGCUGUUAAGCCUAAUGUUUCAAACAUUCCUCGCAGCAAAUGGAAGCGACCUCCUCAGUUCUCUCUCAGUGAUGCUUGGCUUGUUGGAGGUGGUGGUGAAAGCACAGAAAUACGUACUGAAAACUUGAGGAUUUCUAAACUGCUGCAAGCUAUCUAUCCGCACCGCUCUGCUAUCCCUUCUCGACCCUCUGUUUCACCCGUUGUGGAAGCUGAAUGCUUUGAUGACAGCAAAACUCCUGCCAUUCGUCUCACUCCCAUUGAAGACGAGUCUGAAUCUUCAGAGGAUUCGUCCCACAGUACGGUUGAAUCCGGUUUUACCGCAAAUAAGCAAGGUCAGUUGGAGACCAAACCACCCUGUUCAACCCAGGAACGGGCUACUGGUCUUGCACCAGACUUGAGUCUUGCUGCUUCUGCAGCUCUGGCUGCACUGAUGAAAACCAAGGAACAGGGGAGUAUGGUUGAUACUGAUCUACUUAUCAAGUUCCUCAGCAACCCGAAAAUUAUCAAGAAUCUGAUCACUGACUCAUCAGGUAAAUCCUCUGAAACUAAGAAUCCGCCCGUUGACACUAACAUCAACUCGACUACUAGACUUGUUCCGCAACCUGUCCCCGCCUCAUCCAUGGCUAGAAAGCCGCAGCCAGUAAUGAUACCGCAAGAACAUAGUGUUGCAGCGUCUCCCUUUUUUACUAACCCUCAGAGACGAGUAUCUCCUCCCAAGCCUGGAACUGGAAACAUAUCCCCACCUAAGCCUAUAAAUGUUGAACCGUCUAGUAUACCAAUGCCCGCUCAUUUUCAUGUCAGUAUAGCUAAAGAACAACCUCUGCCUGCUCGGUUCCCAUCGAGUACUCUGCCAAUGAACCUUAACCUCCACAGACCUCAAAAUGUUUUCUCAGAACCAAAGGUAAUAGUAAACCCUCAACCCCAACACCAACCCAGUUACGCAUUCCGUACUUCUGAAAUGAACAAUGUUCAAUCAUCAAUUGGACUUGGAAGGGGUCCUCAAACCGGUUUCAAUUCUUAUCCAAUUAAUAUAAACCGGGGAGAUGCUAAUGGUAGACCUAAUCCGGUAGUACAACCCAUGAAGGGUCUAGACUAUUUCAAGAACCUUAUAAGGGAACAUGGGACAGAUAAUCAUGAAACUAACCAAUACAUUUCACAAACUGGAAUAUUCAAUGGACGCAUUGAUAAUAAUAAGAUUCAGAAACAAUGUAUCUACUUUGGCACUGCGAGUGGAUGUAAGCUGGGAGAUAGUUGCCUCUAUGUUCAUGACCGAUUUAGGCCCAACUUUGAGGCAGAGGCUCCGACGGCUAAGAGAAUGAAGUUUGGAAGGUAUGAGAAAAAUGGUAUUUGAACAUAAUUUUGACUCUGGUUCAUUCCAAAUCACAAAAAUAGAUUGCACUCUCUAGUCUAUGUCUAUCGCUGAUUCAGGAACAAAAAAAAACUGAGGUGAUACCCACUUUCAAUUUUGAUCAGUGCACCAAUUUUUGAUUCAUUUAAAAAAAGAUGGUUCUGUUUAGAGCACCAGUUUAAUGA